CAAUUUUUUCCACAACAAACGGUGCGUGCGUGCUGCUGCUGCUGGAACUGAUAAGGUGAUUUUUCCACACAAAAUAGUCGAUAAAAAAGUGAAAAGGCACAAAUAAUAGUGGUUGGUUGGUUAAACUAGGUGUCUCGGCAAAAUGUGUUGAACGAAGGCUGCCUCUAGUCGAGAUUGAAGGAAAUCUUCCGGGUCGUUCUCAUUGGUAUUCACAAGGCGAACGAGUUCGACGGCAAUGCCAAGUACGUUGCUAUUUGCGAACAGCAAUGAAGGACGGGUGUACGCUUUGUCGACUGCUGGAUCGGCUUGGCGGGAGUUCCUGUACUUGGGACUGGAGUUCAAGCGGAUAUCCGUAGUUCCGCACUUUAUGUGGGCUAUCGGCGGGGAUCGACAGGUCUAUGUGCAUGUUUAUGGUUUGGACAUCCCGAUCCGGAUUAAGGAGGAAGCUUACGAAAAUGAACGGUGGUUCCCGAUUGAGGGAUGGUCCGGGCGACUUCUUCCGACUGAUCGAUAUAAAUUUUCCAAUGCGGAAGGUACGGUAGAUAGAAACAUCAAUAACGUACGGUUGCCAUCGAUGGCCUGGCAAUGGGAGAGCAAGGAAUGGCAACUGGAUCUGACUUUGGAUGGGCAGCCAUUGGAUCACGAUGGAUGGACUUAUGCUGUAGAUUUUCCUGCAACCUAUCAACCGCAAAAGAAUUGGAUGUCCUGUGUGCGGAGACGGAAGUGGGUUCGAUUCAGGAGAUAUUGUGCUUUGAACUCGUGGUGCGCUAUAGCGCCUUUGCAUAAAGAUCCAACCCAAGAACCGUUUAUAGAUGUUUCCGUUACUGUUUGUAACGUCCCAGGGGCACCGGCUGGACAACUGUUAGUGUGGGCAGUAACUGCACAUGGACGGAUUAUGUUUAGAUCAGGUGUGAGCACCUCGUCGCCGGAAGGGCUUCGCUGGACCGACGUGACGACUUCUUCCGGGUGUGAAGUAUCUCAGAUAGCGGUCGGUCCAACGGGACUCGUUUGGGCCACACUUUACAAUGGCCGAGCGAUUGUAAGGGCUGGAGUAACCAGAGAUCUUUUGAUGGGGACCGCUUGGCUCGAAGUGAAGCCCCCUGGAAACAAUCUGAGCAUUGCGCAAGUAUCGGUUGGUACGAAUUCGGUGUGGUGCGUCACAAAUGAUAAUCAUGUUUGGUUCCGACGGGGAGUUCAUGGGGAAGCUUCUGGUAUUAGCGAAGAUGCAGCUAUAGGAAGUGGAUGGGUUGAAAUGGUAGGAAAUAUUUCCUAUAUCUCAGUAGCGCCGAACGAUCAGGUCUUCGCAGUGGGCUCCGAAGAUAGGGCACUGUACUUCCGUUCCGGGGUGUCCAAGUCGGAUCCUACCGGUAAAAAGUGGCGCCUGAUUCAACUGCCUAUGCAAAUGAGCCGAACUUCCAGUAAUUUUUCUCUUUGUAGUCGACGAAGUGGAAGCGAAUCUCCAUCGAGUAAACAUCGCAGCUUAAACAGCUUGUAUCGGGAAAAGUUACAGCAAGAACAUGGAGAUAACGGAGAUAAAACUUCAUGCUCAGCGCCAACCAACAAUCCAAAGAAUAGACCGGAGCUGUGGCAUAAACCACAAAUCUCACCAGAUAUUAUCAACGCCAAAGGUGAAACGCAACAUGUGGGAAGUCUUGUUGAAAAUAAAGUUACCAGAAAUCUAUCGAGCGAAACUGUCGUAGCUUCGAGUGCGCCCUUGAACGAGAUCUACGAAAUAUCCGGGAAGCAACUGAAGAACUCACGAGCCUGGAGUCCAGUUCGAAGUGUAGGAUCAGUUGUCGGUACCGAGGCUCAUCCAGAGACAGAUUCAAGCGUUUUCGAGGGCGAAAGUUCCCGGGACUCGGGUGUCUUUGGCGAGUACGAAGACCACGGUGGAUCUCAGAACUGGGCCGAGUGUGAAGUUUUGUGGGUCGGUUGCGCAGCUGGAGCUGUCAGCGUGGAUCCCAACCAGUUGCCGAACUGGUUUAAUGACAGCUUUGCCAAUGCCAACGAACAAGAGCUGAUCCAACCGUGGCGGAUUAAAAUUUUGGACGAUCUGAAAAGCCGGCCACCGGGCCCAUUGGGCGAAAGCGAGUUCGCGCUGUACGAGAAAGCCAUCGAGAAGUCUUCCUGGGUAAAAACGGGCGAAGCACGUGCUUCCAAAUCGGGCCACGCUUACGAGGAUUGCCUGCUAGAGUUGGAAUGGGUCAACAACCAGGGAACGGGACCGGAUUCCGGUACCUUAACCAUCCUCAACCCGGACGGAAUCACCACCAAGAUGCAAUUUUCGCUAUCGGAAAUCACAUCCAUCAUGUGCUGCAGUGAACCAGGAUCGGCUCGUUUGGCAAUUCACGCUCCCCGUUUACCACCGGGCUCAUCACCAAUCAAAAUCCAGUUCAGUGGCGAUACCGACUUGGAGGACUGGAUUUCGCACCUGACUUCGGUCUGCUGCCAGAUGAACGAGCUCCAUGGGAAACCUUCACCCCGCUCGAUUUGGAUCACGUCUGGUAUGGGCGACGUUUUCGUUUUCGAUCCCACCAAUCUGGAGGCUUCGCAGCUGCAGAAGGAUUCUCAUGUUUAUCGGCAGGAAAUCGACGUAUCGGCGGCCGAAACUCCUUACUUAAUGGCUUUGAAUAAUGGGAUGCCAAUUGGAUCCUGUCUGGAAAUCUCGGGUUUUGUUUGCGACGAUGCGGACCAAAUCAGGUUUGACCUGCAAAGUCAUCCCACUGUGCAGGUCCGGCACAAGAUGGAAUCUCAGCGGAACAUUCCGCUCCACAUCAAUCCGCGCUUCAACGAGAACAUUACCGUAUUCAAUUCGAUGGAAUCGUCAAGCUGGAGCAACGACGAGAUACGUGACAUCAAGAUGUUGUUUUCACCAGGGGCCGCUUUCAAACUGGAAAUAAGGAGUGAAUCAGACGGAUUUCGUAUAACCGUCGAUGGAAAAGACUAUUCGAAGUUCAAGUACCGCAAAGGUCUGGCACCGGAUGCGGUGUACAGUUUGUUCAGCAGUGGUCGAGUAAAAAUUAUCAGCAUAACCUACGACAGUCCCAAGUUGAUCAUUUCGUUGAAGGACGUAUUCUGGCGCCAAAUUGGCGGGCACCUUCGACGGGUGCAAUCCUGUAGAACGGGAAUCGUUUGGGGAGUCGGAUACGAUAACACGGCUUGGGUAUACACCGGAGGAUGGGGCGGAGUGUUCUUGAAGGGUCUCGAAACGAGCAAUCAGGGAAUCAAUCCCAUGACCGAUACACAUAACUACUACAUAUACGAGAAUCAACGAUGGAAUCCUUUGUCGGGCUUUUCGACGACAGGACUGCCAACGGACCGGCACAUGUGGAGUGAUAUUACUGGAAAGCAUAAACGCAGCAAGGAGCACACCAAACUAUUGUCGAUGCAUUGGCAGUGGGUGAGCGAUUGGAUGGUGGACUUCCAAAACCCUGGCGGUGUUGAUCGUGAGGGUUGGCAGUAUGCCAUAGAUUUUCCUGCCACCUAUCACGCCAAGAAGCAAUUCACAGAUUACGUCCGCCGACGACGGUGGUAUCGAAAGUGCCGACUGUCAACCAGCGGUCCCUGGCAAGAGGUUGGAAACACCAAAAUUGUCGAUGUUUCUUUACAACCGGACAGUGCCGAAAUGGAUUGUAGCGUUUCGGUUUGGGCUGUGGCAGCCAAUGGAGAUGCACUGUAUAGACGUGGAGUUUCCCUUUCCCAACCAGCUGGCACCGGUUGGGAACACGUAGCUUGCGAUCAACCAUUGAUUAGUAUAAGUAUCUUCGAUAAUAAGGUAUGGGCAGUCGGUAAGAAUGGAGCCGCUUUCUGGCGAAGCGGAAUCACCAAAGAGUUUCCAGUGGGUAGCAAAUGGAUUCCGGUGGAUCCGCUACCCGGAGUUAAUUUCAAACAAAUCUCGGUUGGCCGGGCAGGAAUCUGGACCGUCGAUACCAAGGGUCGACUAUCGGUUCGUGAGGGGGUAACGACAACCUGUUCCGAGGGCACCCAGUGGAAGCUACUGAUGAAUGUUUUGAACGAUCCUCCCCAUUACGAGGGUAACGUUGGAUUCAAAAACGUUUCCGUUGGGGAGCACGUAUUUGCUGUAUCUCAAUCUGGUUACAUUUGCAAACGGAACGGCAUUAGCGCUAGCAACCCACUUGGAUCGGGUUGGUCUUUGGGAAUUCAGGGCAACUGGCACUACGUGAGCGUCAAUGGAUUUUUGGACUAAGAAUGCGAAGCUGUUAUGGGCCAUAACUAAUCUUUAUCAACUGCAUGAAUCGUGAUAUACAAAAUCUUUACCCAUUUAAAGUAUUACCUUGAUGACGCGUAUUUGGGCUGCUACCCAAAAUUUACACCUACUUACCCGUUUACUGCUAAAAGUGCUUAACCCCCCUAUGUGAAUGUUCUACUACUUAAAAAAAAUAGGCUUCAGGAUGAAGUCCAAACCCGCUAACGGAAUAAAUGGUUGCAAGUUUAUUCCAGCUCAAA